AUGUAUAAUGGUAUUGGGUUGAAGACUCCAAGAGGUUCAGGAACAAAUGGAUACGUUCAAACGAACAUGGCACAUAUUCGAAAUGCUAGGAAUACUUUAAGAGAAUAUGAAAGAUUUAGAAAUGAAGUAAAAAUGAAUAAUAAUCUAGUUGACAAAAAAUAUACUUGCGAUUUUUCUAUCAUUGAACAUUCUGAUAAAAGAAAUAUAGAAUUAAAAGUUCAUUUAUAUGAAGAAAGUCUGAGAGAUACAGGUAAAGAAGGCGUUGAGGAACUAGUUAAUAAUUACAGAAAUAAACUAUAUGAUGAAUAUUAUGAAAAAAAAAAAAGAGAAGAAAAGUUUAACAUAAGUGAAAAUCGAACUAUUAACACUAACGAAAAUACUCAUAUGCUUAAUGAUAGAAAAAGAAAACAAUUAGAAAAUUUUCAAAGGGCUCUGAAAAUUAAAAAGGAAAAAAAGGAAGACGAAAGGGAAGCAAAGGAGAGCCUAAAGGAAGAAAAGGAGUAUGUAAAAGAAAAAAAGGAGCACAUAAAAACAAAAAAGGAGCAUGUAAAGGAAAAAGAGGAAGGCGUAAAAGAAAAAAAGGAGCGCAUAAAGGAAGAACGAACGCUUAAUAAUAGUAAAAACAGAUUAAAAAAAUUAGCAAAAUAUGAAAAUAAGGAAAAAAGAGUAAAAAAUGAAAAAUAUUUCAAAAAUGAUAAAAAAUACGCUUCAUCAUAUUCGAAAGAAUCAAGUAAUGCGAAGGACACAGUAUCAUCGGAUAUUUCAAGCGAAGGAGAUAAAUCAAGAAGUAUAAAAAGAAAUUCCUCUUUGUCAAAUUCCAGUUAUUCUAGCUAUUCGUCUAAGUCAAAGAGGAAACAAUAUAAAAAAAAAAAACGAAAGAUUAAAAUACUGAAAUGUCCAGAAACCCCUACCGACACUUCUUGUCCAAGAGACGUAUCGCAUGUGAGCGGAAUUUCCUAUACAAGUGAUUCGGCAUGUCCAAUAGGGUCACCCUAUUCCAGUGAAUCAACUCCUUCAGGAGAUUCAUAUGGAACUAAUUCUAAAUCGUAUACAGUGAGCUCAGCGCGUCCAUCUGAUUCGUCGACGUCAUUUGAAGAGUACACGAAUCCAAAUACCGGCAAUUUUAACGUAGCAAAAUAUGUACAUGACGUUAGAGCAGGAACUAAAAAAAAUAAAAAUGGCAUACGGAGGAACAGUAAUGACGAUAUCAAUAAAAAUCAUAGUAGCAGUAACGAGAAUAAUGACAACGUGAAUAAGAACAAGGUUAACAAUGAUCACUAUAACAGCGAUAAGUAUGACAGUGAUAAGUAUAAACUCCACAGGCAAGAAAAGCAUAAGCAUGAUAAACAUUCAUAUGACAGGCAUAUGAAUGACAGAUAUACGAAUGAUAGGCAUACGAAUGAUAGACAUACGAAUGAUAGGCAUACGAAUGAUAGGCAUACGAAUGAUAGGCAUACGAAUGAUAGACAUACGAAUGAUAGACAUACGAAUGAUAGACAUACGAAUGAUAGGCAUACGAAUGAUAGGCAUACGAAUGAUAGGCAUACGAAUGAUAGGCAUACGAAUGAUAGACAUACGAAUGAUAGACAUACGAAUGAUAGACAUACGAAUGAUAGGCAUACGAAUGAUAGGCAUACGAAUGAUAGGCAUACGAAUGACAUUGAUAACAAAAGGGGACACUCGAGGUUACGGGAUAUAAACCGAGUCCAACAUGGGAGAGCUAACCGAAGGAAUUCACAUAAAAAAGGUAGAAGAAAUUCUAAUAAACGAUGUCGUAAAAAACGUUAUAGUGAUGAUGAUUCAGAUGUUAGUUAUGUAAGACGUUAUAAAUAUAAUAGGGAAAGUAUUGUAAGAAGUGGUAGCGUUUUGACACGAGGCAUGUUGAAAAGGAAAGAAAGACAUGAAAAUUAUUCUACAAAUCAUGGAAAAGAAAAUAAUCAUGAUUUAAAAAAUUCCAAAAUGAACAAUAAUCGAAGUAGUCAAGAAACUUUAAAAUUAUUAAAUAAUAUUAAAAAUUAUUAUAGGAAAAAAAACAGUGUCGAUUCUGAAAAAUGCAAAUCAGGGAGUUCUAGAAGGCGCAGCUUAACUGAUAGAAGUAGGAAAUAUAAUGAUGAAAGAAGAGGUGGAGAGAAAAAUACCGAAAAAAAUGAUUCGUUAAACAUUUCUAACAAUUCGAAAUUAUCGUCUGAUACGGACGAAAAUACGGAUAAUCAUACACACCAGAGAAAAAAAGAAUAUCAUGCAGAUGAUUCGACAUCCAACCAAAGUUCUGAUCCGAAUCAUAAUGUGAAAAACGAGCGAAAUAAAAGAAAAAACAAAAGUGAAGUAAUGAAUGAGAGUGAUAAAGAAUUUGAGGAACAAAGAAAAAGACGAAAAGAUAAUUAUGUGGAAAAAUCAAAUAACUUAAAAUAUGAGUUGAAGGAAAACAGAUAUGAAACAAAAAGAUCACAUAGGGAAGUAAAAGAAGAAAAUGUCAAAAGUGAAAAAGUUAAAGGUGAAAGGGGUAAAGAAAAAAUUAAAGAUGAAAAAGUUAAUGAAAUAAAGGAAGAAGAUGGAAAAAAAACACAAAGAAAACAGACAAAAGUAUAUGAAGUUAAACAGGAUCUCAGAGGAAGGACGAAAGGGGAAAAACAGGAAGAAACAGAAAAAAAAGAACAAAGACUAAAAGGUGAAGAAAAAGAAAGACCAAGAUCUAUAUCAUCUGAAGAAGAAGUUAAGGACAAAAAACAAAUUAAGCGUGAAAGAUACGCAAAUGUAGAAAAAAAAAUAAAAGAUUAA